CAUAAAGCGCACCUAUCGCGGCACCUUAUAUGCGUGACAGAGACCAGCUUCGCUCAAAUUCUGCAGUCAAAUCUGUAAUUAUAGGCUACUGCGACCGCGAGUAGAAGGAGUAGUGUUCUACGGACUAAACUGCCAAGAAAUCUCACAAGUUUGCUCAGGAUUUAGAUGCUUGAAUACCCAUCCAAACAGAACCUGUACAAUCUGUGCUUUCCCACCCAAAUUGCACAUUUAUUUGACUAAACCAGCACAGAAUACGACAGACGGCAUGACAGAGAGGUUUACGUAAUAGGCUGCCCAUAUAUUAAUAUGUGUAACCUAUUCAAAUAAAACAGAACAAAUAGCCUAUAAGUAACUCUAAGUUUUAACUUCUGAUUUACAAAACCGAAUGUCUAGUUUUCGGGAAGAACAGUCAGCAGUAGGCUAGAGGUAGAGUAUAGCACUUCUGAAGAAUAGUAACAUAUCACCGCCCAAAUAGCCAAGCAAUUCACUUGAAAUCUGGAAGAGUGAAAUCGUCUCGGGACUGGUGUAAAGUGAAAAAAUGUGCGCUGCCGCUACGUUAAUAGCCACUUGGUUACUGACAGACAACAGGCUAGCUGUGGUUCGACACUUCCUGGCACUGUGAGAAAACACACGUUCGUACCGGGUGCGAUAUGUUCUCUUGAAAUAGCCUACACGGACAAAAAAGAAAGGAUUUCCGGAAUUUUUCCGCAAUAAAGACCAUCCUUACAGUUUUUAUUGCUGUUUGCGCCUAUCUUUAAAAUGUAGACGCAGCAGGAUUCAUUCGGUAGUAACUAUGUUAGUUAUAUGAUAAAGUGUGCGAUAUACUGCUCAAAUUUGGCUUUAAAAACGGUCUUGCAUUACAACACUGUAAUGAAGCAUCCUUUCCCCAGUUGCUCCACUGGAGUGAUUUAGCGACAGAACGAAGACUGUUUAAUAUUGAACUCACGGCAGCCCAAGUACAAUGUGGUCGAGUACCUUAAGGAAUUUAGCAGCCAUUGUUUCAACUAUGAGUCGGAUUCAGGACCAAGGACAGAUCCAAAAGCAAGUUACAGCCUCAAGACGUGGAAACUUCCUCAACUGACGGAAGGAAAGAUUUUUUAAAGUAGUUAGCUUUUAUUUUCCUUCGCCAUUCUCAGACGGGAAAACUUCAUCCAGAGUAACGGCAAUACGUAUUCAUAAACAACGGACUACUGGACUCAUUUCUCUGAAAGGUGUGAACUUCGAAGUUUGAUGUCAAUGACAGGUGCGAAUUUGAAAUUUCCAAAUAGGUCUUGAAAACCAGAUAAAACAUGACAGUAUUGCCCGAAGAAGAUUAAAACAAUGGUGUCUAAACAAUAAGCUUUUACGCCCCCGCCAAGCUGUAACUCAAAGCCCCCCAGCUUUCCCUUGAUAAAGAAGCGCACCCUCCACCCUCCCACACCCCCCCCCCCCCCGCCCCACACCAUCCCCUCCCCCUGUGCUGUUCCCCCACGGACACCAUGACCGUGAAGCUCAGACUCAGGCACGCCCCCUUGUGGCUGCUCUAUUUCCUGCUCCCCCUCCACGUCCCUGAGGCCCUGCCCUCAUCCAGCUACACGCCGGGAGCCAAGCGAGAGAUCACCAUGGAGGGGGACCUGGUCAUCGGGGGCCUGUUCCCGGUGCACGAGAAGGGCGAGGGCACGGAGGACUGCGGGAAGAUCAACGAGCAGCGCGGGAUCCAGCGGCUGGAGGCCAUGCUGCUGGCGCUGGACGAGAUCAACCAGGACCGCCGCAUCCUGCCGGGCCUCAAGCUGGGCGCGCACAUCCUGGACACGUGCUCUAAGGACACCUAUGCCCUGGAGCAGUCGCUGGAGUUUGUCCGCGCCUCUCUGACCAAGGUGGACGAGACCGAGUACAUCUGUCCCGACGGGUCGUACGGUAUCCACGACGAAGUCCCGCUGGCCAUCUCUGGGGUCAUCGGCGGCUCCUACAGUGACGUCUCCAUCCAGGUGGCCAACCUGCUCAGACUCUUCCAGAUCCCCCAGAUCAGCUACGCCUCCACCAGCGCCAAGCUCAGCGACAAGACGCGCUACGACUACUUCGCCCGCACUGUGCCCCCUGACUUCUACCAGGCCAAGGCCAUGGUGGAGAUCCUGCGCUUCUUCAACUGGACGUAUGUGUCCACGGUGGCCUCCGAGGGCGACUACGGCGAGACGGGCAUCGACGCCUUCCAGCAGGAGGCCCGCGCCCGGCAGAUCUGCAUCGCCACGUCCGCCAAGGUCAGCCGCUCCAUGAACCGCUGGAGCUACGAGGCCGUGAUCCGCUCCCUGCAGCAGAAGUCCAACGCCAAGGUGGUGAUCCUGUUCACGCGCAGCGAGGACGCCCGCGAGCUCCUGGUGGCCGCCGCCCGCAUGAACGUGUCCUUCAUCUGGGUGGCCAGCGACGGCUGGGGGGCGCAGGAGAGCGUGGUGAGGGGCAGCGAGCUGGUGGCCAAUGGGGCCUUCACCAUCGAGCUGGCCUCCUACUCCAUCCGGGAGUUCGCCGACUACUUCACCAAGCUGGACCCGUACAACAACACCCGCAACCCCUGGUUCCGGGAAUUCUGGGAACACCGCUUCCAGUGCAGCCUCCGCGAGCCCAGCUGCGCCCGCCGCUCCCUGCGGGACGGCACCUUCGAGCAGGAGCCCAAGAUCAUGUUCGUGGUGAACGCUGUCUACGCCAUGGCCCACGCCCUGCACAACAUGAGGCAGGCCGUGUGCCCCAACACUACCAAGGUCUGCGAGGCCAUGAAGCCUGGCAACGGGAAACGCUUCUACAGGGAGUUCAUUCUGAAAACCAAAUUCGCUGCCCCCUUCCGUCCAGCGGACACAGGGGACAUGGUACGCUUCGACGGCUACGGGGACAGCAUCGGCCGCUACAACAUAUUCCAUUACCACCAGGAGGACGGCAAGUACGUCUACAGGAAAGUGGGGUACUGGGCCCAGAGCCUCACUCUGAACACGAGCCUGAUCUCCUGGACCAAUCACGCGGCGCCCACCUCCCAGUGCAGUGACCCCUGCAAGAAGAACGAGAUCAAGAGCAUGCAGCCCGGGGACGUUUGCUGCUGGAUCUGCAUCCCCUGCCAGCCCUACCAGUACCUGCUGGAUGAGUUCACCUGCAUGGACUGCAGCUUCGGCCAGUGGCCCCUGGAGAACCUGAGCGGGUGCUACGACCUGCCGGAGGAGUACAUCCACUGGGAGGACGCCUGGGCCGUCGGACCCGUCACCAUCUCCUGCCUGGGCAUGGUCUGCACCCUGUUCGUUGUCGGCCUGUUCGCCAAGAACAACGACACGCCGGUGGUGAAGGCCAGCGGGCGAGAGCUCUCCUACAUCCUGCUGCUGGGCGUCCUGAUGUGCUACAGCAUGACCUUUGUAUACAUAGCCAAGCCGUCGACUGCCAUCUGCACCCUGCGCCGGCUGGGCUUGGGGACCUCCUUCGCCGUCUGCUACUCGGCCCUGCUGACCAAGACCAACCGCAUCGCCCGCAUCUUCAACGGCGUGCAGGACGGCGCCCAGCGGCCGCGCUUCAUCAGCCCCACCUCGCAGGUGGUCAUCUGCCUGGCGCUCAUCUCCUGUCAGCUGGUGGUGGUGAUGGUGUGGCUGCUGGUGGAGGCGCCGGGCGUGCGCAAGGAGAUCGGCCCCGAGAGAAGGGACGUGGUCACCCUUAAGUGCAACAGCAAGGACUCAAGCAUGCUGGUGUCCCUCACCUACAACUGCGUCCUCAUCGUCCUCUGCACCGUCUACGCCUUCAAGACCAGGAAGUGCCCGGAGAACUUCAACGAGGCCAAGUUCAUCGGCUUCACCAUGUACACCACCUGCAUCAUCUGGCUGGCCUUCCAGCCCAUCUUCUAUGUCACGGCCAGUGACUACAGGGUGCAAACCACCACCAUGUGCAUCUCCGUCAGCCUGAGCGGCUCGGUGGUGCUGGGCUGCCUCUUUGCCCCAAAGAUCCACAUAAUCCUGUUCCAGCCCCAGAAGAAUGUGACCACACACCGAGUCACCAUCAACCGCUUCAGUGCCACGGGGCCUGGAUCCAGCUACUCACAAGCCUCAGCUUCAAACUAUGUGCCAACAGUGUGUAAUGGUCGAGAAGUGGUGGACUCUACAACGUCCUCGCUGUGAGGAAGAAGAAAAAACUAACUUCACCUCCACUGCCAAACAUACAGAAGUUAUAAUCACAAGUCAACAGCAUCGGUCCCUCAUUCACACAGGUUUCUAAUGGCAUAAAGGUGCAUGUUAUCUGGAAAAUUGUGUAAAAACUGUAAAACACUGCCAGCCCAAGAAGAAGAAAACGGAUGAAAUGAGAAGAUGCAAUGCCAAUCAAAACCUUUGUAUUUUAAAAACUAAUUUUUCCAGUCCGAAUUAACGGAGGGUGUGCUUCUGCUCUUUGCUUACACACAACAUGAACAUAAAUAUUUGUUUAAACUAAACGUGUGUCAAAUAACCCGAUGAUGAGAGUUUAAUAGAGAAAUCCAACAUGCCCAUGACUAGAUUGCUUUAUACAAGGUUUUCCAGCUUUCAUCAAGUACUGGAAUACCUUAGGUGGCAAAAGAAGCCUUUGUGAAUGAGCGAGGCAAGUGUUAUGAAUAUGGGAGUGGCGUCACUGGAGAUCAAUUUGAUCUUGUUGUCCAAUAAGUAUUGUGAAAACAAUGUCCCAAUUAUGUUUUUUCUUUGACUAGUGUUAUAACAACUAUAAUAAUGAUGAUGAUAAAAUAAAACCAUUCAGUAUACCCUUUCCUUAUGAGAAAAGUACAUUUUAUUUAAGACAUGAUACAUGAUAGUGAAUCUGUUAAAAUGUAGGCUAUAAUAUAUACAGCUAGCACAAUGUUUUUAAUGUAGAUUUUGGUGAACCAGUUUGUGCUUUCUUGUAAUUUAUGUAAAUAAAAUGUGUUUUUUUUAUUAUUAAAACUGCAGAUGCCAUCA